AUGGCCCAGCCGGGGGAUUGUGAGAGGUUCCACCUCUUCAGUGUAUCUUCGGAGAAUCUUGAAGACGGCGAAGGGCUCGCCGAAGGGAUCCGGAGAGGUGUUCAGCUCUUUGGAUAUAAUUGGCACCGAUGCCACUGUGGUCGGGUGCGGUGCAGAAGAGUCGACGGCAGCGGUGUCAUUGUUAAGGAACCGCGCUUUCUCGGUGACAGCGGUGUCUCUGUCUCCAGUUCGGGAUACGCGGAAUGCUGGACGGGCAAAUGCGCUGAAGUGCGGACGAUAGAGGAGGUAGGAUUCGACGGAGUUGCAGCUAACUCAGUAUUCGAACGGGAAGAAGUGCUUCAAUGGGUCAGGGACAAGGGUUGA